CUUCUACAGACGAAAAUGAACCGUAGUCGUUAAAUAGACAGGAAGGAAACCGCUACUGAUGAAAUGAACUCGCUUAUGUAAUAAGAGAGAAGAGAGUUUAGUGAGUGCACACGUGGGACAAACAAUGGUGAUCAGUGAUUGGGAGCACAUUUCCCUGGGGGCGUGGUUAAUCAGACCUAGCUACUACAACCCCACUGCAAAAGCCCCUGCAGCCCAGUUUUAGCCCCACAACAUUCGUUCAGUCCUGAUACCUGAGCACAUUGACCCCUAUGAAAUAUCUGGACUAUUCCAAGGGAACAGGAAGUUGUAUCAUCUGCGUUUCCUGAAGGUCAUGGGAGGGGGAAAAACAAGUUUUUACUGAGGUGCUUGGUGUCCCCUGCAGUGAUGCUGCCUCCAAAGCAGACCACAUGCAUGCCACAGGCCAUAGCCUGCUGCACAUGAUGAAAGACCUCAACCUCCUUAGAAAGAAAACUUGUUGUCAGUUCAGUCCAGUCUUUUGUUCGGGUAGAUCCCCAGGUACUUGUAGGACGGCACCAUCUCCACUUCCUCCCCCCGGAUCGCAACUGGUUUGACGGGCUCCUUAGCAUGCGGGAAAUCUGCCAUAUUUGUCAAGCUGCAGGUGAUUUUCCCUGCACCACAAGACAAAAGUCCUCCUCCAGUUUCUUGUGCUCCGAUUCAUCUUCAUUUUGCGGAUGCACCCUACAACGGAGGAGUCGUCAUUUCUGCAGGUGGCAGUAGCUGGUUUUGUACUAGAAGUCCAAUGUAUACAGAAUGAAGAGAACGGGAGACAGCAUGGUUCACUGAAGUGCUCAAGUGAAUAGACAUUUCUGACACACAGUUCUGUGUCUGUCAGUCAGAUAGUCCAUGAUCCAGGAGACAUUAACCUGGAAUGCACCGAGUCGGAGAGGCAGGAUGGUGUAAAAGGUCCUGAAGAAAUCAAAGAACAUGAAGCUCUGAUUGUUUCCAAGUCGGAGUGAGUAUUAGAUGACUAUUUGUAUAUCCCCCUGUACAGUCGUCACCUCUAAGAACUCCUCCGUGUUCUUGGUCAGAGACCUUACAUUGCAAAGGAUGAUAAAGGGCAGUUGUUACUUUUAUUCAGAAGCCGAACACUCACUUUCUUUCCAUGGGAUUUCUUGCAAUUCCAGCCUCGAGAUACAGAUAUGUGUGUAUUCUGAAGAAAGGCUACCAGGACACUGACUCCGUCAUCAGCUCAGUCACGAUCAAGGUGAAAGGUCUAGCGCUGACCAACACGACGGACUUGGGCCUGCGGGUUUGGGACGAGGCCGACUACAUUGUGCCCCCUCAGGAGGAGAACUCAUUCUUUGUGUUGACAAACCUGAACAUCACACCAAACCAAACACAGUCCCAAUGUGCUGAGAAUCCUGGACCUGAAACGUCAUGCGUCUCGGAUCCAGACUGUAAGAGAGGAUUUCAUGACAGUCGCCGAAAUGGUGUGCAGACAGGCAGGUGUGUGAACUUUUCAGAGUCAGAGAAGACGUGUGAGGUGUUCGCCUGGUGUCCUCUGGAGAAAAACAACAACCCUCCGAAACCUCCAAUGCUAGCGGAAGCAGAAAACUUCACCGUCCUUAUAAAGAACAACAUCCGAUACCCCAAAUUCAAUUUCAACAAGCGAAACAUACUGCCCCAUGUAAACAGCACCUACUUGUCGCAGUGUGUGUUUAACCGUAAAACGGAUCCAGACUGCCCGAUCUUUAGACUCGGAGACAUCGUGUCGGAAGCCAAUGAGGAUUUCCAGAACAUGGCAGUUCAGGGGGGAGUGAUGGGAGUGCACAUCCGCUGGGACUGUGAUCUGGACUUGUCUGAGAAGUCGUGUGUGCCUCAAUAUGCAUUCCGUAGAUUAGAUAAUAAGGAUCCCGACAACGUUGCCCCAGGAUACAACUUCAGGUUUUCAAAAUAUUACAAAAACGCAGACGAUCAGGAGACCAGGACGUUAAUCAAAGGCUACGGCAUCCGCUUCGAUGUUAUGGUCUUCGGAACUGCAGGGAAAUUCAACAUCAUCCCAACGUUGCUCAACAUCGGGGCUGGCUUGGCACUACUUGGCCUGGUGAAUGUGGUGUGUGACUGGAUUACUCUGACUUGCAUGCAAAAAAGACACUUUUACAGAGAACAGAAAUACACAUAUAUCAAUGACUAUGAGAUGUUGUCCAGUGACGUCCCGUAGAAGCUCUGCUCUCUGAACAUGAAGAUUUGCUGGAUGCUCAUUGAAUCGUGUUAACAUAUGUACCUUGAUUACCGUGUGAAACAUUUUUGAUACUUUCCUGCACCAAUUAAAUUGACUGUGAACAAGCUCACUCGGUUAACUGUCAAGUUUUUGUAAUUAAUGUUGAUCAAUUGAGUAAAUCUUUAAUAAAAAAUGUAUUUAUAUACUGUA